UAUAAGCAACCUAAGAUGUCGACGUCGACAAGUGACACAAAGAACAUACGCCGCAGGGAUAUAAGAAAAAGUCCCAAGCGAUGGCUCAUCUUGUCAGCCGUAUUCUUUGUAUCAUUCUUUGAAACUGGUCUUGUGCGGUCAGUUGCACUCAUACUUGAUGAUCUCAAGACAGAAUUCGAUGCCAGUGCCGCCUACCUCGGCUCCAUUCUGGGAUUUGCAUUUAAUAUCACAUACUCUUUAGGAUUCCUAAACAUACCUUUGCUCCGGCGUUUCUCGGUUCGUCAACUGGUUAUUUGUGGUGGAAUCAUUUCAAGUUUGGGACUUGCACUUUCCUCCUUUGCUCAAACAAGUUCCCAAUUUUCAGCUGCGUUCACGGCGUACGGUUUUGGGAUCAUCUUCGUCAUUCUUCCAGCAACAACGUGCAUCACGGAUUACUUCCCAGAUCAUGUAUCGAUUGCAACGGGAACCGUUCUUGCGGGGGGAAGUGCUGGAGUCACGGCGAUGCCUUGGUUAUUCCAAAACCUUCUCGGUCAUUAUGGUUGGAGGGGUUCUAUUUUAAUUCUUGCUGGAAUAAAUUUUCAUCUAGGAGUCAUUGGUGCCCUUUUGGAACCAGUGCAGAAAAAUGACAGGGAUUCUCUCAAUAUCAAGGAUGAAAUGGAUAACACCGACGACGUUUCGCUUGAUGAUCAUGCAAGUAGUGUACAGGAAGAAUGUGCAACUAUUUCUGGUGGACUGGUUCCUUCCGCGGAAAACAUGCACGAGCAAUUUGCGCCAAUUAUGGACAACUCUCUAAGUGACUUAGAAGUUAAAGCUAUCUACGGAACCGACGAUGAUCGGCUGGAGUUAGGAAAAUGGUCAAUGGCAAGUGAACAAAGUAAACACGUUUCCCACAUUGAAGACAUAACAGACAAACCUGAGGAAGGAAAUCGGAAAGGAAGAUAUGCCAACUGCAAAUCCAAAGCACUGCAUUUAUUUGGGUUGGGCAUCUUUAGAGAUCACCCCUUAAUGAUCCUUGUGUUUAUAGAAUGUUUCUUAUUCUGCCAUUCUUACCAUGCGUGGAUAUUAUACGUAAUUCCAAACGCACUCUCAAAGGGAAUAUCCCCCCAAAGAGCAGUCCUUGUUUCCGUCACUGGAGGUGCCAUCAACUUCAUCGGUCGUCUAGGAAUAGGAUUCUUCUGGUCAUUGAAAUGUAUCAGGUUCGAUAUUUGGUACUCGCUGAUGUUUCUCCUCUCUGCAGUUGCAUUCGCGUCGAAUUUCGUUGCAGAAUCGUUUGGAUUUCUGAUGGGGCUUUCUGCAUGCUAUGAUCUCUUCAUGGGGGCCAUGAUCAUGUCACAAUUCCAGUUGGUCUACAAUACUGUGGGACAAGUCGAUUACAAAACAGGAAUAUCUGUGUUCUUCUUCGGCUUUGGUCUCAGUGGCCCGAUAACAGGAGCAAUAUUUGGCACUAUGUACGAUACCACAGGUUCAUACGAUGUUGCAUUUGGGAUAAUAGCAGUGUUGGACGUAACAGUCGCCAUCCUAAAUAUUACACCACUUUGUUGGAAACGAUAUCAACGCCGGUCACAUACAGAAUGUGAGACGAUAAACAAGAAGGUUUAGGAGCCAUAAUGAACAGUUGAACAAUAUCAUGAAUAUUGUACCAGUUACCAUCCCUCGAAAUGUGUUCUUCACUUUACGCUUGUUCCUAUAACAACCGUUUCCCCCUCGACAUCACUUUAUUUCCCACAAGAAAUAUCUACUUGUGAAUGUGUGUAUAUAUAUACAUAUAUUGCCUACCUAGAGUUUGAAUAUAACAUUUCCUCUCCCCUACAGAUUUAUAUUUUCUCCAAGGGAUUAUAUUUUGCCCGAAGCGCGCAGCUCUGAGGGAAAAUAUUAUCCCAAUAUACGGCUAUACUAUGAUACUAAGCGAUGAUUUGUAAAGAGAAUAAUGACAAAUCUCCCCACGCCUCGGUGGACACUAUGGCUUAUGUAUCAUUUUCAGACAAUGUCCGAGAAAUUAUGUUGAACAAUUAAAUGUAAAUGUUUUCAAAAGUGAAAAAAGGAGGUUUUAUUCAGAAAAAUUACACUCAUAUAAAAACGACCUUAAAUAUACAUGGAAAUAAUAAAUGGGGCUCUAAACAAAAUUAACAAAUCUAGUGCUGUUGAUAAAUUAUGUGUAGAUGGAAAUAUGGUUGAAGAUAAUAAUAAUAAUAAUAAUAAUAAUAGCGGUAUAUUUACUUCAGUUCCGAAAACUGUUCUCCCAGCGGGCCCUGCUAUUAUUACCCCGGCUUUAGCUGGGCUGCCUAGGCGCUCAAGCAUUCAAGGAAUUAAUCCUGCCGGGUACCCAUUUACCUCACCUGGGUCGAGUGCAGCACAAUGUGGAUAAAUUUCUUGCCGAAGGAAAUUACGCCAUGGCUGGGAUUCGAACCCACGACCCUCUGUUUCAAAGUCCGAAGACUAAUCCACUGGGCCACAACGCUCCACUCAUUCUAUACUCAUUCUAUAGCAAAUAAAUUUAAUACAUAUUUCUCUCAAAUUGGACCAAAGUUAGCUGGAAAUAUUAUGCCUGUAGAAAAUUCGUUUAAGGACUUUUUGGAUAAAAUGAUAGUUCAAUAUUUCUUACUCCAGUUCAUAUAGAAGAAUAACUUGAGAUUGUAUUUAAUUUGAAAGCAGAAAAGACUCCUGGUUAUGAUGGCAUUACAAAUAGAAUUUUUAAAAACAUUAUACAUUCUUUUGCUAAUCCUCUGCUUCAUAUAUUCAAUUCAUCAUUGCACCUUGGCCAGGUCCCAAAGAAGAUGAAAAUAGCAAAAAUUAUACCCAUUUUCAAGAAGGGAGAUCAAUUAAUUACUAGUAAUUACCGCCCAAUAUAUUUGUUAACUUCGUUCUCAAAAAUUCUUGAAAGGAUAAUUUUUAACAGGACAGUUGCUUUCCUUAAGAAAUAUAGUAUUAUACAGUAUGUGAUAAUCAAUUCGGUUUUAGAGAAAAACAUAAUACAACUCAUGCUAUAUUGGCAUUAAUAAAUAAAAUAUCUACUUCUUUUGACAAUUUUGAUCAUACCGUAGGGUUGUUCCUCGACUUCUCAAAAGCGUUUGAUACAAUAGAUCAUGAAAUACCAUUAUGUAAGCUAUCAAAUUACGGUAUCAGAGGGACAUCUUUCCAAUGGUUUAGGAGUUAUCUUACUGAUAGAAUUCAGUUUGUUACAGUAAAUGAAUCAGAAUCUCCAACAAGGCCAGUUGCCUGUGGAAUUCCACAAGGUAGUAUUAUUGGCCCAUUGCUAUUUGUAUUUCAUGUUAAUGAUAUGAAAAAUUCAUCUCGUGUUCUCUCAUUUAUUCUCUUUGCUGAUGAUUCCAAUAUUUUCUACACACAUCAUGAUCCACAUGUCCUUGUGAGCACUAUGAAUGCAGAAUUUUAAAAAGUAACAAACUGGAUUAAAGCCAAUAAACUGUCAUUGAAUCUGCAAAAAAUAAUUAUAUGCUUUUUAGUCAUUCAUUGAAACAUCUACCGCAUCAAAUACUUUUAGAUGAUACUGAGAUCAAAGAAGUGCAAACAAAAUGUUUUUUUAGGUCUUACUAUUGAUUCAAGCUUACGUGGAAAGCUCGUUUCAACAAUAUUUGCAAAACUGUGGCAAGAAAUAUUGGAGUCAUCAAGAAGCUUAAAAACGUUAUUCCAGCACAGUCGCUAUCCAUGUUGUAUUGUGCAAUAAUUCUACCAUAUCUUAAUUAUGGGAUUCUGGCAUGGGGUAAGGCCUCUCAAACGAGACUCAAUAAAGUCUUGCUACUUCAGAAAAAAGUAAUGAGAAUAAUAUGCAAUAUGUCCUUUAGAGCUCAUACGGAUGAAUUGUUUCGUCAGAAACGUAUCCUUAUAAGUCAGUGACCUGCACCGCUUACAACUAUUCCAAUUCAUGUAUCAGCUAGAUAGAAAUAGUGUACCUAGUGUCCUACAAAAGAAAUUUAUGAGAAACAAUACUUUGCAUUCAUAUAAUACGAGACAGUCAAAUGACUAUCACUUACCUAAAAGUAGAACAGUAUUUUCUAGCAAAACUGUAUUUUUCACAGGAACAAAACUCUGGAAUUCUCUGGACAGAGUAAUAAAAGAGGCAGCUAAUCUGAACCGAUUUAAUUACUCAUCAAAAAUUUAUUCUGAAUUCUUAUUGAUUCAACCAAGUAAUUUAUGAACUUCAUACUUAUCCACGGUAGUGUUGAUUAUUUUAAAGUCAAUAUUUAAUUUUGUAUAUAGUGUAUAUACAUUUGUGUUACAGUGUUUAUAUCUAUAUAAAAUUAUAUAGAAUUUCGCAGUUUAUUUUUACUCUACUUAUAUCAUAUUACCCUUGUAUAAAAUUUUGAUAGGGGGUCUACAUCUUACAAGCUUUGCUUUUUCAGUAGACCCCUCCACUUUUUUUUUCAUUUCAUUGGUACGUUUCAACCCUGCAUAUGUUAUGCAGUUGAUGCAUCUUUUCAUUGUAAAAAUGACUUUUUAUGAAAUGUACUUUGAGGAUUUGUGGAAUAUGAAUAUAUCAAUAAAGAAAUAAAAAUGUGC